UUUUUUUCCCCCUGCUGGGUAGUGGAGGCGGCGGGGUGGGAGAGACUUUGAAUGACCGAGUUUGCGUCCACCUUUCUCUUCAUGUCGACGUCCCUGGAUACAGUCACACGGAUGCCAUGGUUACUUCUGCCACGAUCUUACAGGUGAACAAGGUGAUGUCCAUCUUGUUUUAUGUGAUAUUUCUCGCGUAUCUCCGUGGCAUCCAAGGUAACAACAUGGAUCAAAGGAGUUUGCCUGAAGACUCACUAAAUUCCCUGAUUAUUAAGCUGAUCCAGGCAGAUAUUUUGAAAAACAAGCUCUCCAAGCAGAUGGUGGACGUUAAGGAAAACUACCAGAGCACCCUGCCCAAAGCAGAAGCCCCCCGAAAGCCGGAGCAGGGAGAGCCCGCCAAGUCGGAGUUCCAGCCAGUGACUGCAAUGGACACAGAACUCCUGCGGCAACAGAGACGCUACAGCUCGCCCCGGGUCCUGCUGAGUGACAGCACCCCCUUGGAGCCCCCUCCCUUGUAUCUCAUGGAGGAUUACGUGGGCAACCCCGUGGCGGCCAACAGAACGUCGCGGAGGAAGAGGUACGCAGAGCACAAGAGUCACCGAGGUGAGUACUCGGUAUGCGACAGCGAGAGCCUGUGGGUAACCGACAAGUCCUCGGCCAUCGACAUUCGGGGACACCAGGUCACGGUGCUGGGGGAGAUCAAAACCGGCAACUCUCCCGUCAAACAAUAUUUUUAUGAGACGAGAUGUAAAGAAGCCAGGCCUGUCAAAAACGGUUGCAGGGGGAUUGACGAUAAACACUGGAACUCUCAGUGCAAAACUUCCCAAACCUACGUCCGCGCACUGACGUCAGAAAACAAUAAACUUGUAGGCUGGCGAUGGAUACGGAUAGACACCUCCUGUGUGUGUGCCUUGUCGAGAAAAAUUGGAAGAACAUAAAUUGGCAUCUCUCCCCAUAUAUAAAUUAUUACUUUAAAUUAUAUGAUAUGCAUGUAGCAUAUAAAUGUUUAUAUUGUUUUUAUAUAUUAUAAGUUGACCUUUAUUUAUUAAACUUCAGCAACCCUACAGUAUAUAAGCUUUUUUCUCAAUAAAAUCAGUGUGCUUGCCUUCCCUCAGGCCUCUCCCAUCUGUUAAACCUUAUUUUGUGACCCGGCUCUCAGGAGCCGUUCUGUCCCUCUGUAAAAUCUGUGUACACCAGUAUUCUGCAUUCAGUAUUGUCAAGGCCAUGACUGUCGUUUUAGUAAACUUGUUAAAAUCA